UCUCAUUGGCUGCAGCUAGUCUUUUGUGCCAGGUGGAGUCGUGCGCACUUGGCUGCAGCUAGUCUUUUGUGCCAGGUGGAGUCGUGCGCACUGGACAGAACCGCCGCGCGCCCUCGCAGCAGCCGGUGUCCCACUGCUCGACUCGGGCAGGUUCUGGUGAGAGGAUGGCAGACACAGACAGAUCCGCCUGCGCGAUCUCGCGCGUCUACAGGGGAACGUUCAUCCACUCGACCCACAAAUCGGCGGUGCAGAUUCUGGAAGACGCGCUGCUGGGAGUCAACACAGAGGGCAAGAUUGCUUUCAUUGGAAAAGGCGAGGAGCUACACAAACUGACUCAAACAUUUGGAUUCAGCCCGGCUGAGGUGACUCAACUGACACAAAAUGAGUUCUUCAUGCCAGGAAUGGUGGACACCCACAUUCAUGCAUCCCAGUACAGCUACGCUGGCACGGCCCUGGACCUGCCCUUACUGCAGUGGCUCAAUACCUACACCUUUCCUGUAGAGUCUCGCUUCAAGGAUUUGGAGUUUGCAAACAAAAUCUACACUCAAAUAGUGAAAAGGACCCUGAGAAACGGAACAACCACUGCAUGCUACUUUGCAACCAUACACACAGAUGCCUCUCUUCUGUUGGGCCAGAUUGCAAAUGACUUUGGACAGCGUGCCUUGGUGGGCAAGGUGUGCAUGGACAGGAACAAUGCUGUGAAACAUUACAAAGAGGCGCUUCAGGAGUCGCAGGAGGAAACUUGUCGGUUCAUUGCAGAGCUUCUACAUAAAAAGUAUCCCCUAGUGAAGCCAGUAGUGACUCCACGCUUUGCUCUAUCCUGCACAGGAGCCUUGCUGAGACAGCUGGGAGCAAUUGCUAAGAAUAACAACCUGCACAUUCAGAGUCAUAUCAGUGAAACCGUCGAGGAAGUGAAGCUUGUAAAAGAACUGUUUCCCGAAUCAGACUCCUACACGGACGUGUAUCACAAACACAACCUGCUCACUGAAAAGACGCUGAUGGCCCAUGGCUGCUACCUCAGUGAUGAAGAGUUGGAUCUGUUCAGAGAGACAGGAGCUUCGUUGUCUCACUGCCCCGGUUCCAACUUUUCAUUGUGCAGUGGAGUGUUAAAUGUCCGCAACGUCCUGAACCACAAAGUGAAGCUGGGGCUGGGAACAGAUGUGGCAGGGGGCUAUUCGGCCUCCAUGCUGGAUGCUGUGAGGAGAACCUUGGAUGCGUCCAAAGUCUUGACCAUCCAGGACCCAGAGCAUGACACGCUCUCCUUUGAGGAGGUGUUCAGACUGGCCACACUGGGAGGCAGCCAAGCCUUGUCCUUGGAAGACCAAACAGGGAAUUUUGAAGUGGGAAAAGACUUUGAUGCUCUGAGGGUAAAUGUAGCUGCUCCCGGGGGACCCAUUGACCUGAUCCAGUUUGAAGAACCAAAGAUUAUGUUGGAGAAGUUCUUGAACUUAGGUGACGAUCGUAACAUAGUGGAGGUGUUUGUGGCAGGGAGGAAGGUGGUACCGUUCACAGAGCCAGCAGAGUAAACCUUUUGGUUCUCCAAUCACCACCUAUCUCUCAGCUUAAAAGACAUGUAUUUUGCUGUAUCUGAAGAAAUACAAUAGACUGUACAUAGCACAAGGAUGAUCAGCUGGGGCUUGAACUGGAUGACAGCACCAGUGUAGACAAAUGAUAAGGAAAUCAAGUAUCAUGAUAACUAUUUUUGUCUUAAAUCCAGAGGUUAGAAUACAGAAUUGAGUCUUAUUCAUUCAUUCAUCGUCUACCGCUUUAUCCAUUUAAGGGUCGCGGGAGAAUUGAGUCUGUUCAAGAUAAUUACUUGGCAGAGUUGGGAAUAUGGAACUUAUUAAGUGCUGUGUACAUUGCUCUUUUUUGCUAGUUAUUGCAGAUAGUUAGCUAGUUGCUUGUCACUUUUGCAUAGUGAAAUACAUUUUUCUAUGUUCUCUCCGUUCAUGUGCACACUUGUUGUCGAAUAAAUCUUCUAGGUAAAACUCACAAAAACGAACAAAGAUACAAAUAGUGGUAAUAUUGUCCUCUGAAGUGUCUUCACGACAACAUUGCACGUUGAUUUCACAUUGCGUGUCCCCUAGAAAUGUAACUGUGACCUAACAAAUGAAGGUCGGACUCGUGCAGGUGAUAUUAAAGCUGCUCAGAGCUCAGACUGGCCACAGAGCCGUCCUGAUCGAUUACUGCGGCUUGAUGGUCCCACUUUCAUGCUUGUGUAACUAGAAAAUGCUUUAUGGUCGGAAAGACUGGGACUGGCUUGACUUAUGUGAUUAUGACAUAUAAUUAUCUUUUUUCACUGUACACUCCAUUCAAAUGCAUCCAGUCAAGUGUUUCAAAUGACUGAAGUACAUGAUUAUGUUAUUUGAGAGUUUAUUUUUUUUCACAGUACAGUCUGCCUCAGCUUUUCUGCUCUCAGUGUGGUGAAACAGCAGACUCAUUGUACAAACAUAAAAAAGGUUGCCAUUCCACUUGUAGGUGUGUUCUGAUCCUAGCUCUCUAGCUUAUCAUCAGAGGCAGUGACUUGUUUUGUUUUUACUAACCCUACAUUUACUCAUCUGUAACAUUUCUAAUGGUUUUGCUUCUGAGAGGAUUUUAUCAAUCAACCAUUUCAUCACUCUAUCUAUCUAUCUACAAACUUCUUCUAAUUAUAAGGAAAUAAAGGGAAAUUGAAUGCACAGACUGCUGAACAUGUUUUUGUCUUGCAUAAUGAGGAUGUUUUUAAGACAGGUUUACUUUUUUAAAAACUGAAAUAUAACCAAUUGUUUUUAUCACAAACUGUGACGCCAAAUGUAAUGUUCAAGAUUAUCUUUGAUGUGUCAAACAUGGCUUAUUGAAAUAAAGAAUACCACCUGCCUGUCAA